AUUAGCUCAGAUUUGUCGAAGCGUACCAGACAACAACUCCAUUCAUAUCAUAUUCAGUAAGAACAAAAAAAGAAAAGCUGAAACCAGUGGACUUGUAUACAGGCUGCUACUGUACAGCAUCUCUACUUGUGAAUGAAUUUGAAGUUUGAAGUUUGUCUACCAAGAAACAAGGAAUCCUUAAAAGAUAAAGACUGAAAAUCCAUCCAACCAACCACAAUUCUGCUUUUCGCUGCUCCAUCAUCAUCAUUGCAUUAUUCUUCUACCCAAGUAAAAAACAGGUUUAAUAUAGUUCCCAAACUAUGGUUCUCGGGAUUAGAUCGAAGCUCAGAAGAAGAUCUGCCGUUAAAGUAACUUACAUUAUCCAUGUACAAGAGCUUAUGCCAUGGCCGCCAUCAGAAUCACUUCGAUCUGUCCAAACAGUGUUCCUCCAAUGGGAAAACGGUAAUCAGUAUUCCGGAUCCUUCCAUUCCACCGCCCAAGAUUCUAAAAUCGUAUUUAACGAGUCUUUCAAACUUCCCGUAAUUCUCCACCAAGAAAAAAAGGCUCAUGAUAAGUUUCAGAAGAAUUAUUUAGAGUUCAGUUUGUUUGCUCCGCGUAAGGACAAGUCUAAAGGUCAACUCUUGGGGACGGCUGUACUGAAUCUUGCGGAUUAUGGUGUAAUAGAGCAUGCGUUGAGCACUAAUGUUUCGAUAAAUCUUAAAAAGAGUUCGAAUAAAUCAGUGCAGCCGGUUUUAGUGAUUCGUUUGGAGCCGGUUGAAAAUGAAAGUGCCAGCUCAUCGCCUAAUGUGGGUUUAUCGAAGGAGCCAUCUUUGGAUAAUGUUAAUGAUGAUGAUGAUGAAAUUGCUUCGUUUACUGAUGACGAUGCUUCUUCGCAUUCAUCGAGAACUGCUGGUUCGUCUACUUUUGAAGCUGCUACGUUUUCACCUUCGCAAAGUGAGAAGAAUGGAAAUGGAAAUUCCGGAUUUGACCUCGAGCAGAGCAGAGGAGAAACUGGUAAUCAAGAAAAUGACAGCGUUCGAUCCUCUAAGUUUUAUGAGAGAAGCACGACAUCUGUUGAGAAGAAAACUGACGCCCCCGUUAUUAGACCUUCGUACUCAUCCAUAAGCCGUGUGCAUAUAAACGGAGUGCCGAAACCCCCUGUAUCGAGUUUUGUGAAGGCUAGUGUUUCUGUAGAAGGGAGUUCUUUAGAGAGAUUUUCAGUACCUGAAUCCGUAUCGACGGAUAUUAGUGACACAAAAGUUUCUGAUAAGUCUAAUUCUGCCACCUUUUUGCACUUAGACGAUUCUCGAGAAAAAGAGUUGAAACCAGAAAAUGUCGAAAUAAACGAUCCACGUGGUGGUUUGGUGAACGUUGACGAGAAAAUGGAAUUAAUCGAGAAAUUAUCGGAAGAUGCUAUUGAAGAACCCGAGUCUGAUACUUAUGCAGAUGAAAAAGCGCUUAAUUCGGAUAUAUCUGACAGCUGUCGAAACGAGGGUGAAUUUGGUGGGGUAACUGAAAGAAAAGAAUCUAUCCAUGAAUGUAGGAAUGAAUGCAAAUCAAGAAUCGAGAUGCUCGAGGAAGAACUGAGGGAAGCAGCAGCUAGUGAGAUUGGAUUAUAUUCUGUAGUUGCGGAACAUGCAAGUUCGGGUAAUAAGGUACAUGCGCCAGCUAGACGACUUUCGAGAUUUUAUUCCAAUUCUUGUAAAGAAGGCUCUCAAGGUAAACGGGCAAGUGCAGCCAGAGCUGCAGUUUCGGGUUUAGUUUUAGUUUCCAAAUCAUGUGGACAUGAUGUUCCUAGGUUGACAUUCUGGCUAUCGAAUUCGAUAAUGUUGAGGGCCGUUGUUAGCAAAACUGCUGCGGAAUUGCCUGGAAAAAUUCCACAUGACUUGGAAGAACAAAAAUCUAAAUCUAUCGAUGAAACUGAUGACAUGGAGGAUGUCUCGACGUUUAUUAUUGCACUGGAAAAAGUCGAAUCUUGGCUCUUUUCUCGAAUUGUUGAGUCUUUAUGGUGGCAGACUUUUACACCGCAUAUGCAGCCCACAUUUGCAAAAAGUAGCGAUGUAACAUUCAAUUCAGGUACGAAAAAAACGAUUGGAAGAAGAAACAGUAUCGGUAAUUACGAGCAGGGGAAUUUCUCUAUGGAGCUAUGGAAGAAAGCAUUUAAAGAUGCCUUUGAGAGGCUUUGUCCCGUUCGAGCUGGAGGGCAUGAGUGUGGCUGCUUGUCUGUGCUCGUUAGAUUGGUGAUGGAGCAAUUAGUUAAUAGGCUGGACAUGGCAAUGUUCAACGCUAUUUUACGUGAAUCUGCCGAAGAAAUGCCUACCGAUCCUCUUUCCGACCCUAUUAGUGACUCUAAAGUCCUUCCAAUUCCAGCUGGCAAAUCGAGCUUCGGUGCCGGUGUGGAAUUGAAAAAUUGUAUUGGAAACUGGUCUAGAGGGCUUACCGAUCUCUUUGGUCUUGAAGAAGACUCAAUCGAUCUCGAAAAUGAAAAGAGCCCAAAAUCUUUUAAGGCUUUUCGUCUCCUUCACGCGUUGAGUGAUCUCAUGAUGCUCCCACCUGAAAUGCUUGCUGAUACUUCUAUCAGAAAAGAAAUUUGUCCAAUGUUUGGGCCAACAAUAGUCAAAAGGGUUCUAAACAGUUACACGCCAGACGAAUUCUGUCCAGAUCCCGUUCCACAAAACAUUAUCGAUGCUCUCGAUAACGAGGAGUUUUCGGAUGAUAUGCUGACGACAUUUCCAUGCAAUGCAAGCCCGACAAAAUAUUCACCUCCUUCAGCAGCUUUACUGACUUGUGUGGGAGAAGUCGGAAGCCAAGUGAUACAGAGCAGCAGAUUAUCGUCACUAAAAAAAUCGUAUAUUAGCGACGACGAACUUGAUGAGCUGGACUCACCCUUCACUUCAAGUAGCUUCUUCAAGGGUUCUGCUUUAGCAAAACUUAGCUUCAUGCCGAAAGAAAAGGGUGGUAGAAAUAUUAUCAGGUAUCAGUUGCUUCGUGAGAUAUGGAAAGAUGACGAAUAGCAACACCACACGUGUUUUUUUUUAUGUAUGAGUUGUGUAUGUAUAGCCAUCUGUCUGUGAUUGAUUGUAGUUCAUUUUUUGAAGAAUAUUUUUUUUCUUCUUUCUGUCUGUAUUGAGUAAUACCUGUACAGCCAACUGUGUCUGUUUGAGGACUCCAUUGUUGUAGUUCAUUUUUGAACAAAUUUUCUUCGCCGUCGUGUAAUAAUGUUAUUCAGUAUACCA